GGGGGUUCGUGCGGCCCCUCCGCUCGGCCCUGCCGGCCGGCCGGGCCCCGCUCCCCAUGGGAUAAGCUGUAAACAUGUUCAGCUUUGAAGGGGAUUUCAAAACAAGGCCCAAGGUGUCCCUCGGAGGAGCGAGUAGGAAGGAAGAAAAGGCUUCUCUCCUACAUCGGACUCAGGAAGAAAGGAGAAAACGAGAGGAAGAAAGGCGGAGGCUGAAAAAUGCAAUAAUAAUCCAGUCAUUUGUAAGAGGGUACAGAGACAGAAAACAUCAAUACUCCAUCCAAAGAAGUGAAUUUGAUCGCUGUGCUAAUUUGGCCCAGUCUGGAGGAACCUUUUCCACUGCCAAUGGAGCUAAUUUGACUCUUCUGGUUCGGCAGUUACUCUUUUUCUACAGACAGAAUGAGGAUUCGAAGCGUUUGGUAUGGAUGUGUCAGAAUUUAAUUAAACAGAGUUCUCAGUUUGUUAAGCAGUUGGAUGGUCCAGACAGACUUACUUGCUUAUUCCAAAUAAAAAGACUGUUGGGGCUGUGUUGCAGGCUAUUGCAGAAUUGCAAUGAUGACAGUCUGAAUGUUGCACUUCCUAUGAGAAUGCUUGAGGUAUUUUCAUCUGAGAAUACAUAUUUGCCAGUUUUACAAGAUGUCGGCUAUGUGACAUCAUUAAUUGAACAAAUUUUGCACUAUAUGGUUCAAAAAGGCUACUACAAGUCGCUUUAUUUGUUAAUUAACAAUAAGCUUCCCUCGAGUAUUGAGUAUUCUGAUGUUUCUCGUGUCCCUAUUGCAAAAAUACUUCUGGAGAAUGUUCUGAAGCCAUUGCACUUUACAUAUAGCUCCUGUCCAGAAGGUGCAAGGCAGCAGAUUUUUGCAGCCUUCACAGAGGAGUUUCUGGCAGCACCUUUUACAGAUCAGAUAUUCCAUUUCAUCAUUCCAGCGCUUGCUGACGUGCAGACCAUUUUCCCCUAUGAACUCUUUCUGAAUGCACUAUUAUUAACAGAAAGUGGAUGUUCAAGACGAAGUGAUGAAGCCCCAUGGCUUUUCUACUUUGUGUUAACAGUUGGAGAAACAUAUUUGGGAUCCCUUUCAGAGGAAGGACUUCUUGUGUAUUUGAGGGUACUCCAGACUUUUCUCUCUCAGCUGCCUGUGUCUGCUGCUGGUGCAAACUGUCAGGAUGCAAACAGUGAUUCUGAAGAUGAGGAUGAAGAGAUCAGUAAAAUGACAACCACGCCGGGUGAUGGGAGAAUAUCAGUUCAGUACAUAACUGAGGAGUGUCUGAAGAAAUUGGAUACGAAGCAGCAGACAAACACUCUACUGAAUAUGGUUUGGAGAGACUCAGCAAGUGAGGAGGUCUUUACCCUGAUGGCAUCAAUCUGCCACACACUAAUGGUACAACACCGAAUGAUGGUGCCAAAAGUCAGGCUUCUUUAUAGUUUAGCCUUUAAUGCCAGAUUCCUGAGGCAUCUUUGGUAUUUGAUAUCUUCAAUGACUACACGAAUGAUUACAGGGUCUAUGGUGCCACUCCUCCAAGUGAUUUCAAGAGGCUCUCCAAUGUCUUUAGAAGACUCCAGCCGAAUUAUCCCUCUCUUCUACCUGUUCAGUUCUUUGUUUAGUCAUUCACUCAUUUCUAUUCAUGAUAACGAAUUCUUUGGUGAUCCAAUAGAAGCUGUAGGUCAAAGACAAUCAUCAAUGAUGCCUUUUACACUAGAAGAGCUUGUAAUAUUAUCACGCUGCCUUCGAGAUGCAUGUCUAGGAAUCAUAAAGUUGGCUUACCCAGAAACAAAGCCAGAGGUCCGUGAGGAAUAUAUUGCAGCAUUUAGAAGUGUUGGAGUAACAAAAAAUACAGAAAUGCAGCAAUGUAUCCAGACAGAGCAGAAGAGAUGGAUUCAGUUAUUCAAGGUCAUCACAAACUUAGUGAAAAUGUUGAAAUCUAGAGAUACGAGGAGAAAUUUCUGCCCGCCCAAUCACUGGCUCUCAGAACAAGAAAACAUUAAAGCAGAUAAGGUCACACAACUGUAUGUACCAUCAGCCAGACAUGUCUGGAGAGUCAGAAGAAUGGGAAGAAUAGGACCACUGCAAUCUACUUUGGAUGUGGGUUUGGAACCAGCACCUCUUUCUGUAUCUGAAGAACGACAACUUGCAAUUCUGACAGAGCUACCUUUUGUAGUUCCUUUUGAAGAAAGAGUAAAGAUUUUUCAAAGACUAAUCUAUGCUGAUAAACAAGAAGUUCAAGGAGAUGGGCCAUUUUUGGAUGGAAUUAAUGUCACUAUCAGAAGAAAUUAUAUUUACGAAGACGCUUAUGAUAAACUUUCUCCUGAGAAUGAACCUGACCUAAAAAAGCGCAUUCGUGUUCAUUUACUUAAUGCUCAUGGUCUUGAUGAAGCUGGGAUUGAUGGUGGUGGGAUUUUCAGAGAAUUUCUGAAUGAACUACUCAAAUCAGGAUUUAACCCUAACCAGGGAUUUUUUAAGACCACCAAUGAGGGACUUCUUUACCCUAAUCCUGCUGCACAGAUGCUCGUUGGAGACUCAUAUGCCCGACAUUACUACUUUCUUGGAAGAAUGCUUGGAAAGGCUCUUUAUGAAAAUAUGCUGGUGGAGCUGCCAUUUGCUAGUUUUUUCCUCUCAAAGUUGCUUGGGACAAGUGCUGAUGUUGAUAUUCAUCAUUUAGCUUCAUUAGAUCCAGAAAUGUACAAAAAUUUGCUUUUUCUCAAGAGCUACGAGGGGGAUGUGGAAGAACUUGGACUAAACUUCACUGUGGUGAAUAAUGACCUUGGAGAAGCACAGGUGGUGGAGCUGAAGCCAGGUGGAAAAGACAUUCCCGUUACCAGCGCCAACCGCAUCGCCUACAUCCACCUGGUGGCAGACUACAGGUUAAACAAACAAAUCCGGCAGCAUUGCCUGGCUUUCCGUCAGGGACUGGCCAAUGUCGUGAAUCUUGAGUGGCUUCGAAUGUUUGACCAGCAGGAAAUACAGGUUCUGACUUCUGGUGCCCAAGUUCCUAUUAGUUUGGAUGAUCUUAAAUCUUUCACAAAUUAUUCAGGUGGCUACACAGCAGACCAUCCUGUAAUUAAAAUAUUCUGGAGAGUUGUUGAAAGCUUCACUGAUGAAGAGAAACGCAAACUACUCAAAUUUGUAACAAGCUGCUCUCGACCCCCUCUUCUGGGAUUUAAGGAGUUAUAUCCUGCAUUUUGCAUUCACAAUGGAGGAUCUGAUUUAGACAGGCUACCUACUGCCAGUACCUGCAUGAACUUGCUGAAGCUUCCUGAGUUUUAUGAUGAAAAUCUGAUGAGAAGCAAACUUCUUUAUGCCAUUGAAUGUGCUGCUGGAUUUGAAUUAAGCUGAGUCGAACUGAUGCUUAUUUGGAUGAUCUGCAGAGGAACUAACCAGUGCCUACUCUAUAAGCAGCACCCAUACCCAAGCAGUUCUAAGGGAAUUCUGUCUAGAUUUCUGCAGCUCUUGUGUCUUAUCAAAUGCCCUCAAAUAGGUUUCAUUUCUAAACACGAUUUCCUAGCUUUCAUUACUGAAUAUUAUGUUGACACCGCUUUAUGAUUCAAAACAAUGAAUGCUGUGUGCAGUGUGGCUGAUUUCUGUGUUUAUGUGAAGAAAGAGCACAUUUAAAGAACAGUGACAUCUCAGUGAAAUUAACCAAAGAUGAAGCUUUGGCUUUGUGCUGUUCAAACAUAAAUAAUAUUACAAACUGGCAAUAAAGUUGCGUACCGUGUAGUGCAUUGGGAUGAGACAGGGCUAACAUCCUGCAAUUAAUCUUUUAGAUGGAAGGGAAGCAGAUGUUUGCAGAUAUCCCAGAACUGAGGAUGAAAAUGCUUAAUUACUGGUAACCUAACAUCUUUACUUACGUUGUGGAAUUGUUUACAAGUCACAGAGAGAUGGGCAAUCACCAACUGGUUGUGUGUAUAGACUGGGGAAUGAGGGGCUGGAGACCAGCUGUGGAAAGGGACCCGGGGGUCCUUGUCCAUGGAAAAUUGGAUAUGAGUCAGCAGUGCCCUGGCAGCCUGGCUGCAUCAUUACCACUUGGACACUGUUCUGAAUGGAUGUGAGUAUCCAGGUUUUCCCUGUCCUGUUUCUGUCUUUUGUGCCCGUACAGGUUUUUUGGUUGGUUGGUUUAUUUCAAAUGAAUCAGACUCCUAUUGCAUACACAGUACAAACAAAAAUCAUCACUUUGGGAAAAUACACAUGUAACAAUUAUUAAAAUUAUUUGAACCAAAGUUAUCAGGCUUUAUCUUUUAUAUUUGAAGCCUGUGGUGUUCACAUUCCUUUUCCCUAUCAUUUAUUUCCAUCUUAGAUACCAUAUCUGUGCCGUAGAACUAAUCAAAUUAAUUUUUUUUUUGUGAUUAAACAACCUUUAUAUCCAUCUCCCUGCAGUAUUUCUGCUGUGACAAGUAAGUGGGAAUAUGCUGCUUAAUAAAAUUUGAUAUCUGGGGGAAAAAGUGCUUUCAUAUGGAAGGAGCUGAUCCUCUAGUAGUAGGCACAUUGUAGGGUUUCAUAUGCAAACUGCAGUCAAUUUAAAAAAGGAAUUAUAGUUCAGACUAUAAGAUUCAUAACUGCAUCCCUCUGAACUUUAGUUUUAUAUUUUAAAUCAUCAAAAAUUACAAUCAAAUUUGUAUUCAUCUCUUAUGCAAAAAAAUAUUUUGCUGUUACUGGAAACUCCGCUGGAUUUCCUAUUUAAUAAGCAGUAACCAGCAAUAUCCUUUUAAAUGUGGGAAAACUGAGUGAUUUUAAGAUGUUUACUAGUAACCAUAUAAAAAUGUAUAAUUUCUUAAUUUGGGUAAUAAAUGAAGUGUUAAAAUACUAUUUGUAGUCUUGAUGUACAGAAAUAAAACAAUCGGUUUUCUUUUUGGUUUUGCUUUAGGCUUUUUAUUUAUGUUAAGUAUUACGUACCCAACCUAUUCUUUAUCCCAAAUUCUUUUCUUGUAUAUUUUUCUACAUAAAUUAUGGAACUUGUAAAGAGGUUGAAAAAGAGAUCAGUAAUAGUGGAACUGCCUCCUCUUAAUUGCAAAACCUGAACACUUCUUUUAGAUAGCAUUAUUUAUUUUAGAACCUAAUGCUUUAAAUAUUUUAAAAUUAUUUUUCAGUUCCAUUAUUUUACUACAUUGGGUAGUGUUGUAUCUGUAUUUUGUAAAAUUAAAUUAAAUUUUUCUAUUAAAUAUUUGUAUUUUGAAGAUUGUAUUGGAGUCAUGCCAAGUCCCGGUAAUGUUUGCUUUCUGCUUUUCAAAAGGAGACAGUGCACACUAUUCCUGUCUGUGACCAGGGAAGCAGCGGGUUCCACAGGGAGUUUAGGCUGGGGGGGAAGUGUGAGCUGCAGAGAGGUGUAACUGCAGGAAUCACAGAGCUGCAGAAAACUUCCCUAGAGAACUUGAGUUGGCUGAAAAUACUCCGACAUUUUAUUUCUUUGGUAUGUAGCACUCGGUGACCUCGUUUGUAUAUUCUGUACAGUAAGUGUGAAAUUCUGACACUGGCAGGUCACUGAGAACAGUUGUAGCCCAGAUCUCAUUCUGCAGGUACCCGGCUGGAAGUCUGUGCUGCAACAGCUUCACCUCCCUCAGACUGCAGUGAGAGGAGUGAGGGGCUUUCCUUUGGCAACCGGUGCUUACACUUCUGCCAGCUGUUUUCAGAGAGUCAGGAUGAAGCACAAGUUCCUGCUUUCCCAUGAUCUGUUGCUGGAUAUUUUAAGGAGCAAGGUAUGAGAAGUAACAUAGGCGUGUAGUUAGUCAUGUCCUGAGGAGCUGGAGGGUUGAAAUGAUCUCUCACAGCACUUACACAGCGAGAAUUGUUUCUAUAUGGAACUGGAUUUUCUGUUUUUCAGAAGAAGAGCAAACUGUCUCCCAGUUGUGAUGCUCCCAGAGUUUAGGUAGGCAGAGGCAGUAAACACCAUGCAAGUAACCUGAAAUAUUCUUGUAGAUUUGACCAUCAGAAUUAUGGCAGUAAUAAUUAUGGGUUUGGGGUUGGUUUCUGUACAAGAUAACCCUUACAGUAAAUUUCUGUACUACAGUGUUUCAUCCUCCUAGUUCAGUACUUGUUUUUUGAAAAAUGACAGCAUUUUAUGAUUGGUUUUUGUUUUCAAAUAAAUUUGGGUUUAUAAUUUUGUAACCUGUUCUAAAAACAUUUUUGUCAAGGUCUGUAUGAUGGAAGAGGUCACAAAUUUUUCAUCUCUACAGAAUUAACAGGCAUUAAAAAUGGAAUAAAGAAAUAAAAUUAGCAGUUGGUCUGUUUAUCUCAAUGAGAAUUUUUCCAGAUAGGGGUUUAGUCCUAUUAGCUGGAUUAAAAAAAAAAUAAAACACAGCAAACCACAACAGAAAUGAUGGGCCUUGUUCCUUAAUCUCAGUUGUCUUCCAUCAUUGUCCUGAAAGCCAAACUUGCAUAAAUUUCAUAAAACUCUUUCAUGAUUUCUAGGGAGCAUUUAUAUAUCUACAAAAGAGGAAAGAUUUUCCUCCAGUUUCUUGUGUAAACACUGAGCUGACAGAAGUUUGAUUUGAACAGUGAGGAUAUCUUCAGUUAUUUUUAUGUGGGCUGCUCCAUAAUUUAAAAAAAAGGAGAGCUUCCUGAUGCUAUUAUAGUAGCAAUGUGGACAGUUUUUUUGGUACCACUUGAAUAAUACAGCACAAACAUCCUAAUUUGAUGCUAUAACGUGGUAUGGAAUUCAAAGAAGACACUUUGAGUGCAGUGAGGUCAUAAAUUUCAGUUUAUACCAAAAACUGUUUGUUAAAUGCCAGUGAGACAGCACAUACUCUUUUCACCACUGAAAAAUAGUACAGCACAGAAAAUAAAAGGAAAAAACAAUAGAAGAAUAUUUUGUUGGAUCUGUGAUUUUUUUGUAUUUAUAAUUAUAUGCAAAAACUCUACAACAUUUGCUCAUAUACAUGACUGUGUUAAUAAUGGUUUGUGAUGUAAAUGCUUGUUACUUUUUUUUUCAUAAUGCUUUGCCUGUCAGUGAAGGAGAGAAGAAAUGAACAUGGUCUGUAAAACUGAUCAGGAUAUCUAUAUUUUUAUGGACUUAUGCUUUUGUGAAUAAAAUAAUUUGAGUUUUCUUGAAACUCUGCAGAAA